GAUGAGCUUUGUUCUUUUGGGGUUUCAUGUUUGGGUUCAAGCUAGGAGCAGUGCAACAUGCCUUAACCCUGAUAUCCAACACUGAGUUGCCAGCAACACCAAUCUACACACUUUGAACGGUUGAUGGUCGCAAUUUUAUUGGACAAUGCACCGGGCAUUUCAGCAGUCUAUGCCGAGUCCGGCACUGGGAAGUCGGUCUGCACGACUCUUGCAGUCAUUGAAGUGGCAGGAACGCAGAAGGAUGACAUGUUUGUGGUGCUGCAGGGCAAUCUGUUCGAGAAGCUGGAGCAGUUUUUUGGGAAUCAGCAGAGCAACCUUGACUGCAGAUAUUGCCCCUGCUUUUUUUAGCGCCCUUCGAAAGAAGAACGUCCGACUACAUCUAGUUUUCGACAAUGUCCUGGACAGCGGAGUUCAAAGUGACUUGAUGAAAGAUACGGUGAAGGAGCUGGCAAGGGGCGCCACCGAGCACGGACACCAAGUGAUCUUUACAGUGCAGGCUGCAGAAGCAGCGGAGUCGGUUGGUUUUUUGAAUGGCGCUACCACUCGGAUCGCUCGUCAGCAAAACCACUCAUAUGGAGCCUACAGAUGGACCGAAACGGACACCACAAAACUGGUUGAGACUUUGUGCGAUGGACAAAAGUCCGACGCAGAGGAACUUCUCAGGGAAUCUGCAAUACCAGAUGAAGUGGGACUUUGGAGACCUCGGGAUACCAAACUGUUUAUUUCAUAUCGUUUGAAACCUUCGGCGCAGCGUCAAGCAGGCACUGCCCUACCGCAACCUGCAGCCAUUUGGGCCUGUCAACUUCGCAAGGACGGCGAGAAGUUCGAAGUUGCCGGCAACACAUUUCAAGUCAAAGGAGUCUUGGCAAAUGUGGAUGAGCUUAAGGAAGCAAUUGAGAAGAAGGACGGGGGCUGGGUGAAAGAAGAUGAAGAAUCAAAAGCCAAUCCAAGGCAGAUAGCUACGGGUUCGUGCUACCGGGAGACACGUCAGAUUAGGUUUGAACAAGCUGCAGGAAUCAAGACAAGCAGGGAAUACAUGCAACGAAUAGAGAAUUAACAACACAUACUAAGAUUGAUCAACCAUA